UACGGCUCAGUGGUAAUCUUCCAUCCCAAGUCUUCCAAAGUUCCAUCUGCAGACGCUUGAUCAAUAUCGUCUAGUCACGGUCCCUGUACCAUAAUGUCCCAAUCUCAGACCUGCAAAUUCCGUCGCGUCUCAGAGCAUGUGGCGGAGCUCACACCCGCGGCGAUGGGUGAGUUCGAGAGUGCGGAGGAGUUUCUGGUCAUAUGGAUGGAGGCUAUACGUGCACACUUUGCUUACUACAUGGCCGGCUUCCUCCAUGGGAAUGUCUGCCCUGAAACGAUCAUGUCGUUCAACGGCGUGGACCAGGAUGGCAAGCCGAUCACGGAGGGGAUCAUGUUGGAUCUCGACAAGUGCUCUGUGUACGAGAAAUACGUUAGAAAGCCGAAGGUCGAGAAGCCAGAAGGUGGCUCCCCGCCGGUAGACGUCAGUGCGGAGAAGCAAGGAGAGAAAACCGAGGAGAAAGAAAAGUAGACAUUCGAUAGGUACGCAGGCUGAUCCAAGUGUAAAAGACACGAUUCGAGCAGCAUGUCUCGAAGCAAUUCCAAUCAGUUUACUGCUAUAGAUCUCCGCAUCAUCUGGUUCCUUAUGUCGCGCCGCGCGUUGUCUCGCAGAAAAUGCAUGAUGAU